UGAUUCCAUUGCUAACAAUUACAGCCCAGCCGCAAGAGAUUUCUCUACGCAUUACAUCUACAAACUUAACAACUCUAGUGGUAAGAAAUGUUAUUGUGUUGGCAUGUUUAUUUAGAAAUGACACAAGGCCUCCCAACCAGGGGCGUACCUGGAGCAUUUGGCACCAGGUGCGGAUCCUAUAUUUGGUAUCCCCCCCCGCCCCUUAAAAAUGUUAAAAAAACACCCGCACAUUUUUUAAAUGUCUUUAGCACUGAGCAGUGUUUUUAUUUUGAUGUAUUUAGGACCAAGCACUGUUUGUGUGUUUGAAUGUAAGCAUGUUUUUGUAUGGAGUAUGUGUGAGUGAAUGUACGGGUGUGUAUGCACGUAUUGGCAUUUGAAUGCAGGAGUGCAUUUUUCUGUAGUGUGGUUUUUGAAUAUGGUGGUGUUUUUUUGUAGUAUUGACAUUUGGAUGCAGGGUUGUAUUUGUGUGUAGUGUAGGCGAAAUGCUGAGAUGUAUGCACAUAUACAUACAUAUACUUACAUAUACACACACUGGCACACAUACACAGACACAUAGGUACACACAUGCAGUUACAUAGAAACAGUCAUACACAGACAAACACUGGCACAUACAGAUAGACACACAGAUACAAACACACAUAUAGAUAAAAACUAACACACAUACAGACACAGAGAGAGACACACAGGCACAGACACACAUACAGAUAGAGACACACACAUACAGACACAUUGAUACAACCACAGACACACAAACUGAUACAAACAGAUACACAGACACAAAAACAGAUACACAGACACACACUUACACAUAUACCAACACACAUACAGAUACACAGACACACAUGUAUAAGUAUACAUGCUUGUAUAGUGGAUAAUGGUGUGAGGGAAGGGGUGAUGGUGAGAAGGGGGUGUGGGUGAUGGUGUGGGGGGGUGAAGUGAGAGGAAGCUCAGGGGGUGUGAGGAUGAAAGGGAGGGGUGAUUGUUAGAGGGAGGGGUGAUUGUGAGAGGGAGGGGGGUGAUUGUGAGGGGGUGAUUGUGGAGAGGAGGGGGUGAUGAGGAGAGGGAGGGGGUGAUGGGGGUGAUGGUGUGGGUUGAAGUGAGAGGGAGCUCAGGGGGGUGAGGAUGAGGGGGGUAAUAGUGAGAGGGAGGGGGUGAUAGUGAGAGGGAGGGGGUGAUAGUGAGAGGGGGGUGAUUGUGAGAGAAGGGGGUGAUUGUGAGAGGGGGGUGAUGAGGAGAGGGGGUGUGAUUGUGAGAGGGAGGGGGUGAUGAGGAGAGGGGGGGUGAUUGUGAGAUGGAGAGGGUGAUGAGGAGAGGGAGGGGGUGAUUGAGCUGAGGGGUGAUGAGGAGGGGGGUGAUUGUGAGAGGGCGGGGGUGAUUGAGAGAGGGAGGGGUGAUGAGUAGAGGGAGGGAGAUGAGGAGGGGGGGGUGAUGUGAUGAGGAGAGGGGGGUGAUGAGUAGAGGGAGGGGGUGAUGUGAUGAGGAGGGGGAGUGAUGAAGGGGGGACUUAAAUAUUACCUUAAAUCCCUGGUAGUCCAGUGGGGGCUGUCUGGUGGUCCGGUGGGGUCCCUGGUGGUCCGGUGGCCAUCAUUUCCAGUCUGCAGCUCCGCAGGGCUACAGACCAUGGAUCUUGCGAGACCCAAUCAGAGCAUUGCGAUGGUAACUCGCGGCAGUGCUCUGAUUGGGCAGUGCUCGCGAGACACAUGGUCUGCAGCUCUGCACACUGCGGAGCUGCAGACCGGUAUCGGCGAUGGGCGCAGGAGGGGCAUUGCAGUCUGCCCCGGGCACCCCCCUAGUGAGUGGCAUCAGGGGUGGACCACCCCCCCCGCCUCCCUCUUAGUACGCCACUGCUCCAAACCCUCCUGAUUUUGGUGGGACAGUCCCAAUUGUCAGGUCCUCUGUCUCAUUGUUUCCUAGUGACCCUAGUGCCAUCAUUGGUUUGUUACUGGUGUUCUGUUUUUGGGCACACCAGAGAAUUGUCCCCAACAAGCAUAGCGUGAGUGCAUCAUUAGACAUGCUUGUGCUAUUAUCAGGGCUCAUUUAUACGUACUGUACUCUAAAGCUAUAUAUAAAAUUGAUGGUGAUAAAAAAAAGUGUUCCUUUUAUAUACUUACAGGACAUACAAUCAUCCAGGAACUCUAAUUUAAUUAAAUCAGAGUACAAAACACACUAGAAUUAAACCAAAGCAUCCUCCUAGUAGGUCACCUGAUGUUCUGUGCUUUAUUUUAUGAAAACAGAACAUUUAGUUCCUUAGAAAUCUUUUUAAAUGCUUUUGAUAAGUGCAAUGGUAUGCACUUGGAAUCUAACAUCUUAGACAACUUUUCAAUUUAAAUCAGGAAUAAAAAUAUUUCAAGAAAAUAAGGACUCGACUCUAAAACAUUAAAAAAAAAGACAGAAAAACACUAUAAUUAAUUGUGAUGACCACACAUAUACAGUUUGAAUAAGGCUUCUUUUUUUUUUUUGCUUUUAUAGUCAUGCCAAAUCCAUUCACUGUAUGCCGUACAAUAUAAUCUUGACCCUUUUCCUUCCUUGUAAAUUAGAGAGGCAAACACUUCCUCUGCUCUUAUAAAGUCAAUGCUGAUCACACAUCCAUUGUGGCACUGAUCACCACAAGGGGACAGAUCUACGUGUUGCAUCACCACCAGCAAAUUGUCCAAUAAUCCCUCUACUCUGACAAGUAGAAAUGAAAUUUAACCCAAAAGAUUAAAGCUUUCAACGUGUUUUCAGGGGGCCAGGGGAAAUUGUCAAUUUUGCUACUGUUAGACAUCCAUAAAAAAAUGCUAAAACAAACACAUUUCUAGAAUAAAAAUACCUGGGGGAAAUGUUGUAAGUGGAAGGUUUGUCCUUUCAAACGCAAAGAAGAACAGGUUGACUAGAUAGGUCAAUUGAUUUUUAUUUGUUAUUGUGAUUUAAGAUUUCUUUCAUUUUUUUUCUGUAUGUAUAAUUUAUUAUUUUGCUUGCACUAAAGUGAAAUAGUAAUAGAAAUAGUUUAGGUAAAUGAAUAAUAUUAAUUAAUACGCUUAUCGCAUUCCAAGAAACAAAACAAAAAACAUGGAAAAAAUAUAUAAUAUUUUAAUGAAAAUAUUAGAAGUGCAUUUUCUUAGAAUAUUCCUUACCAAAAUGUUAAUGGUAAAUAAAACAAAAGAAAACAAGACACACAUAAAAAAUAACCAAUGUGUGUCUUACAUUCUGUUCUCAGAAUACUGAUUAGUUAAUAAAGAUAAGGUUAGAUUUGUUUUUAGUUCUAAAAGGGGUGGCGGAUUUGUUUGCCCUUUGUCAGAUUCAAAUGUUUUGUUUAACUGAGCGUUAUUUUUAUAUUUUUUUUAUUUUUUUUACUAUUUCAGAAUAUUCAGAGGCAGGCCAGCCGGAGAAUCUAUCUGGAUUAUCAUAUCAGAAACCUCCAUAUCAAAAUCUUAGGAUUGUCAAGAAAAGAGAUUUAUGGAAUACAUUGUGGAAGCCAAAGUAA